AUGAGAAAACAUGCACAAAUAUUAGCUGACGCUGGUGUUGAUACGUUAAUUUUAUAUGCAACAAAUGCAUUUACAUAUGAUAAUAUAUGGUCAAAAAUUGAUAAUAUUUAUAUGGAUAUGAGAUCAAAAUUAAUACGUACACCAAAAUUUUGCUUUAUAACAUGGUCAUAUAAUCAAGAAUGUUAUGGUAAUGGUCGUAAUAAAUGGCCAUGGAUUGAUAAUUAUCCACAAGGACGUGGUUUAAAUGAAGACGGACAAUUUGAACAAACAUGUGUUUCAGUUGCUGGUCAUCCUUUGAUGAAUAUUGGUUGUUCAUAUGAUGGUCCAAUUCAACAUGAGCCCGAACAAAUAAAUCCCAUGAUAGGUACUUAUUUUUCUCAACAAUGGGAACAAGCAUUAAAAAUCGAUUCAUUAUUUAUAUUUGUCACUGGUACAACAUUUUUUGUUGAUGAAUUUAUUCAAGAAUAUUCACGUGAUAUCGAACCAAUGUUAGGUGAACAUCAGGAUAAUUAUUAUUAUCAACUUGUUAGUUAUAUUCGCCGUUUUAAAGAUGAUUUAUGUGACAUUCCAUCUCGUAAUCAUCCACAAUAUGGCAAUCAAGGUGGACAACUUAUUGAUUAUAGUCAACGAAAUGAUUUAGAAAGAAUGCAAAUUGCAGGUGAUGAAAUAAAUUUAUAUUUUUAUCUACGUUCAUAUGAACCAUGGAUUGAAGAAAAUAAAUUAAAUUGGUUAUUUCUUAAUAUUGAUAGUAAUUAUACAACAGGUUAG